UUCUACGUUAGUACUAUAUUUUCUAUGGUCAAUAAUCAUUCAAGAUCAGUAAACCUUGUAUAAAGAUCUUGAUUAGGAUCUUGAUCUUGAAUCGCAGCCUUGAAGUGCUUCCGAAGUACAAUUUUUGUCAAUUCGAUUGGAAUUUGGAAAGCAGCUAAUGUCGUCUAUUACUGUCAAAUUGGGAAAUAAUUUGUGGUUGCUGAAUUAUUCCAUAAAACAUUUUAAUUUUAUAAAACUAACAAUUUUCAAUUAUGUCUGACAAAAAUAAAUUAUCCCAUGGCCCUAAGGAAGAUAUUGUGUAUCCGAUCCGAAUUGUUUACUGCGGUAACUGUACUAUGCCUAUAGAGUAUUGUGAAUAUUAUCCAGAGUAUGAUAAGUGUAAACAGUGGUUGGAACGUAAUUUACCGUCGGAGUUCGAAAAAGUUAAAAUUGUGGAUGAUAAUCCCAUCGAAGAAGAAAAAAAGCGACAAAAACGGGGUGGUAAAGGAAUGAUAAAGACAAAAAAGAAAGAAGAUGUCCCAAAACAAAUUUGCGUAUCUAGAGCUCCCAGAGGCAAAAAAAAAUCUGUGACCGUUGUCACCGGUUUGAAUUCAUUUGAUAUUGAUUUAAAAGUAGCAGCAAAAUUUUUUGGUACAAAAUUUGCUUGUGGUUCCUCUGUGACUGGUAACGAUGAAAUUGUAAUACAAGGGGACGUAAAAGAUGAACUCUUCGAUGUUAUUCCAGAAAAAUGGCCAGAGAUUGAUGAAGAUCUUAUUGAGGACCUAGGUGACCAAAAGAGAUAACUUUAAAGAUGUUUAUGAUAAUUAUUUAGUAAUAUAACUUGUAUUUUUUAUUUUGUUAAUUAUAGUAGAGUUGUAAUUUAUGCAAUUUAUAUUGUUUCAAAUAAAUAUUAUUGACUUAA